UUUGCGUCCCGCUCAGCCGGGCGGGGGAGCGGAGACGCCAAUAAAAAGGGAGAAUGGGGGAAGUUUGCACGGAGAAGAGCAGCAGCCCGUGGCUUCUUGUCGUUUGGCGAGUCUGUAAUGUUUUCAUGUCCGUGUUCUUCGCUCUCGCCACGUACGUGCAGAUCAAUGACCCCGAUGCAGGCGUGUGGAUGGUCGGAUACGGAGUCCCGGCUGCGCUCUGCGUCGCCCUGGGCCUCAAACCUCAGGUGACAGAAUUUCUGGCCUGGAGGAGGCUCGCCGACCUCCACGUGAUGAUUUCCACCGGCGUCAUCGCCACGUUGGGAUGGACUCUGUAUCAGGAGCGCAUCACCGACGUUUUCCAGCAAGAGGAGGGCAGAGAGUUUUCUGGUCUGGCGCUGACGGUCGUUUGGCUUCUCCUGUGUCGUCACUCUGGAAGAUCUGCGGUUGGGAUGCUCCGAGUGUCGACUGCGGUGGCCAUCACGGCCUUCCCCUUCGUGGCCUGGCUUUACUACUACAUCAACAAGGAGCUCAGGUCCAACUGGCCAUCUCACUGCAAAACUGCUAUUUAGACGGCAGCUCUGUGCCUCUUUUGUAAGUUUACAAGGCAAAUCUGGUUCCCAGCACUACAGAAAGCACUUUGACCAACAUCCCUCCUCUUCUCAUUCCUCCGUCUGACUGAUAACUGUGGGCCAACAAAUUUGCCUGUGCAGGAAACCCUUGUGCAGUAUUACCAAAUGACACUGUCAUAAGAGAUGCAUUUAAGUGCUGUGUGUCUUUGAAUAUUUUUUUGAAUAUUUUUUUUUUUCUACAACCGCAGAAAAUUAUAUGAUUCUGCCAAUAUGAAUGUAUGCACUGUGUAAAAUAAUGUUGAAUAUUGUAAUAAACUCGGUGAAUCAUUAAUAGCUCUA